GCCAAAUCAUCUGCUUUUUACACCUUAGUAAAAUCAAAUAAGACUACAUAUGUAGAGUUACUUGAACUAUCAAAGAAACUCAUCGAUUAUGCUAUUAAGAUCAAUUUGAAACAAGAUUUAUUGAAUACAUUUAAGAUAUUAAUUCACAAUGCUCAGAAUGGUAAUCAAGAAAAAAAAAUUUACUUAUCUAAUACUUUUAAUCAAGAAGAAAAAAAUUACUUAUCUAAUAUUUUCAAUUCUGCUAUUAUUAAACAUAAAAGUCAUCCUCCAAAAAGACUUAAAGCUAGUAUUAAAAACAACAUAUAUAAGGAUAAGUGA